UCAAACCUAUGGACAUGGAGCUUCCUCAUGCUUUCGUUGUCCAUUUGGUUCUGGCUUCCCUGCCAAAAGAGUUUGAAACCUUUGUUGUUAACUACAACAUCAGCCCAGAGACAUGGGACCUAGAGAAGCUCAUCGCGAUGUGCGUGCAAGAAGAGGAAAGACUUAAGGCCUCGCAUGGUGACACGCUCAACUAUGUUAGGCGCAACAACAGAAACAACUCUUCUGAUAAAUACACGAGGGCACAAGGGAAACCUCAGUUCAGACGAGGUUCCACUUCUUCUUCUUCUUCGACUCACCCAGGCAAGGGUGCAAAGAAAGAUCAACCGCACAUUGAGAAAGAUCAAUGCAUGUGGUGUCACAAGACAGGACACUACAAGAAAGACUGCCCAGACUUUCUAAAGCAUUUAAUUAAGAAAGGGUAUAAGUACAAGGACGAUGCUGCAAAGAGGGGAUAGAUGGCUGAAAGUCGCCAAUGGAGUUAGAGCCGACGUUGAAGCAGUUUGUCAACUCACAUUAGAAUUAGAGAAUG